CAAUCCCGCUCCCCCCACGUGUCCGCCAGAGUUUCUCCACCAGCAACAUGGCUGCUGCCUGAACGGAGAAGUCGGGGGCCGCCACUUCUGCACACUACGGGAACCUGGGCGUUUGCCGCCGCCCGAGCGCGGCCGCCGCGCAGAGAUGUCCUACCUGGAGGGACCUGGAGGGAGGUUCUCCUGUGUAACUGAGGCAAGGCCAACAGAGCCCAACAAUGGUUGAGAAAGCCUGUGAUUGGGAAUGAUUGCAUCUUGGUUAACUCCCAGGCCACACCUGCAAGUCCCCAGUCUUUCAGUUGUCUACAGAGCCAGCUGAAGAGAAGGCUGAGUCUGAGGAUCUCACAGCUGGCUCCCCCCUAGUAUGGCCAAUGAAGAGGACGACCCAGUCAUACAGGAGAUCGAUGUCUACUUGGCCAAAAGUCUGGCAGAGAAGCUGUAUCUGUUUCAGUACCCUGUGCGUCCAGCCUCGAUGACCUAUGAUGACAUUCCACACCUCUCAGCCAAGAUCAAGCCCAAGCAGCAGAAGGUAGAGCUUGAGAUGGCCAUCGACACACUAAACCCCAACUACUGCCGCAGCAAAGGGGAGCAGAUCGCGCUGAACGUGGACGGUGCCUGCGCAGACGAGACCAGCACAUACUCCUCGAAGCUGAUGGAUAAGCAGACAUUCUCCUCCUCCCAGACCACCAGUAACACAUCCCGCUAUGCUGCUGCACUCUACAGGCAAGGUGAGCUCCACCUGACGCCUUUACAUGGCAUCCUGCAGCUGCGGCCCAGCUUCUCCUAUCUGGAUAAGGCAGAUGCCAAGCACCGAGAGAGGGAGGCAGCCAAUGAGGGGGACUCUUCGCAGGACGAGGCAGAAGAAGAUGUGAAGCAGAUCACGGUGCGGUUCUCUAGACCUGAGUCAGAGCAGGCUCGCCAGCGCCGUGUGCAGUCCUAUGAGUUCCUGCAGAAGAAGCAUGCUGAGGAGCCCUGGGUCCACCUGCACUACUACAGCCUGAGGGACAGCCGUUCUGAGCAUGAGCGCCAGUACUUGCUGUGCCAGGGCUCCAACGGGGUUGAGAACACGGAGCUUGUCAAGUCACCCAGUGACUACCUCAUGAUGUUGAUGCCACCCAGCCAGGAGGAGGAGAAAGACAAACCUGUGGCCCCUAGCAACGUCCUGUCCAUGGCCCAGCUGCGCACCCUGCCCCUGGCCGAUCAGAUCAAGAUCCUGAUGAAGAAUGUGAAGGUUAUGCCUUUUGCCAACUUGAUGAGCCUCCUGGGCCCCUCCAUCGACUCCGUGGCUGUUUUACGUGGCAUCCAGAAGGUGGCAAUGUUAGUCCAAGGAAACUGGGUGGUAAAGAGUGACAUCCUGUACCCCAAGGACUCUUCCAGUCCUCACAGUGGUGUGCCCGCCGAGGUGCUCUGCAGGGGCCGAGACUUUGUUAUGUGGAAGUUCACGCAGAGCCGGUGGGUGGUAAGGAAAGAGGUGGCAACAGUGACAAAACUUUGUGCAGAGGAUGUGAAGGAUUUUCUGGAACACAUGGCCGUGGUGAGGAUCAACAGAGGCUGGGAAUUCGUCCUGCCACCUGAUGGGGAGUUCAUCAAGAAGCACCCAGAUGUGGUCCAGCGGCAGCACAUGCUGUGGGCAGGUGUCCAGGCCAAAUUAGAAAAAGUCUAUAACCUUGUGAAUGAAACCAUGCCAAAGAAGCUGGAUGGACAAUCAGGACCUGCAGGGCUGGUCUCUGGGGACCAGCGGGUCCAAGUAGCCAAGAGCAGGGCCCAGCAGAACUCAAUGUUACUGGCACAGGAGCUGCAACAGAGGAAAGAGCAGGUCUGGGCAUCUGGAGCCCUGCCUGGUGUGCGGAUCAAGGAAGAGCCCCUGAGUGAGGAGGGAGAGGAAGAAGAGGAAGGCGAGCCCAUGGACACUGCCCCCAGUGGUGACCACCACAGCAGGCUGACCAAUGGGCUGCCUGCUGGGCGGGUUGCAGGUGGGGACAGUUUCAAUGGGCUCCCAUCCCCCGGCUGCGCUAGCACCCCGGUGGCCCAGGAGCUGCGGACCUUCGUGGAAGCCACCUUCCAGAGACAAUUUGUGCUCACACUGAGCGAGCUGAAGCGCCUCUUCAACCUGCACUUGGCUAGCCUGCCCCCAGGCCACACACUCUUCAGUGGCAUCUCAGACCGAAUGCUUCAGGACACAGUGCUGGCUGCUGGCUGCAAGCAGAUACUGGUGCCUUUUCCCCCACAGACAGCUGCUUCCCCGGAUGAGCAGAAGGUGUUUGCCCUCUGGGAAUCUGGAGACAUAAGUGAUCAGCAUCGACAGGUUUUGCUUGAAAUUUUCUCCAAAAAUUACCGAGUACGCCGGAACAUGAUCCAGUCUCGGUUGACUCAAGAGUGUGGAGAAGAUCUAAGUAAACAGGAGGUGGAUAAAGUGCUAAAGGACUGCUGUGUAAGCUAUGGUGGCAUGUGGUACCUUAAAGGGACGGUACAGUCUUGACAUUUGUCACAAACUAUUACCCCAGCGAAUCUAAGCCCCAGGAAGGACAGCAGAGCCAGUAGAGGUGGAAGUAGAGUCUCAGAUGCCUCAGAAGACACAGAGCAAGAGGUACUGACCAUCUGGUGUCCUGUGGCAUUGUACUGUCCAGCAGACAGAGGGGACCCUACUCAGCCAGUGGUAGGAUCACCUAAAAGUUGCAUCGCUCCCGGAAGAAACCAUUGGGACCUUCUUUGCAGUAUAAGUUGAAAUUCCUGAUGUAUGUUGCUUAUUAUUUGGUUUCAUUCUCAUACUAGAGUGUAUUCUGACAUGGGCAGGAUGAUGAAAAUCAUGAUUUAAUAUUUUAUUUUCCAAAUGUAAUGCCAACAAAGGUCUAAGUUAUGUUUACAAGAUGAAGAAAACCUCAAGGUUUUUAAUAUUUAAAAUGCCUAGAAGCCAAUAUUUAGUCUUUGAUUAUCUCUCUGCUAAGACUUCUGCCAAUUUCAUUAAACCAAAUUGAAUUGUUUUAUUGUUGGGUUUCUGUAACCACUUUACUUGUAAAACAACCUACUGUAUGUAGCAGUCUCAACUGUUUACAUGAACCAUAGCAAAAAAAUCAGAAUCAAAUCCAUCUAUUCUUAAUGUUUGCAGAAGGAUGCAAACAAAAUCAGGUAAGUAUGGAACAAUGUAUAAGUAAAGUUAUCACACUUUGAUGUAAAAAAUUUAUAUUUUGUGUAUUUUUAAAAUAAAUGUUAACACUAACCUAGC